UGGCUCGCGCAAGCUCUGCCGCACACCUCGUAGUUUGGUUCUAUCGCAGAUGACGCAGUAAGGUCCAGUGAAGAUGGCUCCCUUUCCGGAUGAGGUGGACGUUUUUACUGGCCCACACUGGCGAAUGAAGCAGCUGGUGGGUCUGUACUGCGAUAAGCUGUCCAAGACAAACUUCUCCAACAACAAUGACUUCCGCUCCUUUCUUCAGUCCCUGUGCGCCACCUUCAAGGAGUUCAAGAUGCACGAGCAGAUUGAAAACGAGUACAUCAUCGGUCUGUUGCAGCAGCGCUGCUGCACCGUCUACAAUGUGCAUUCUGACAACAAGCUGUCGGAGAUGCUGUCUCUCUUUGAAAAAGGACUGCAAAGCGUUAAGAGUGAAUAUGAACAGCUCAACUAUGCCCAGCAGCUGAAGGAAAGACUGGAAGCUUUCACACAAGAUUUUCUGCCACACAUGAAGGAAGAAGAGGAGGUGUUUCAGCCUAUGCUCAUGCAGUACUUCACAUACGAGGAGCUGAAGGACAUUAAGAAGCAGGUGAUAGCGCAGCACUGCAACCAGCAGCAGCCGGACUGCGCUGCCGAGGUGCUGAAGGGCUUCAGCUUGUGGACCCAGGCUGAGGAGCUGCAAAAGGCUUUUAAAUAUGCUGAUCACGAGAAGACGGAUUAUGAUCUGGAACAAAGAAGGAGUUCUUCUUCAGCCCACGUCUCCCAGCUUCCUGCAGAAAUCAUGCUGAGGUUUUUCCAUUACUUGGGCCCCGUGGAUCUGUGCCGCUGCAGUCAAGUGUGCAGCGCGUGGUCAGACUUGGUCAAGACCGGCUCGUUGUGGAGGCACCUGUAUCCUGUCCGCUGGGCCAGAGGUGAUUAUUACAGCGGCCCUCCAGGGGUUCUCGACCAGGAGCCAGACGACGACUGGGUGAAGAGCCGGCAGAACGAGGGCCGCGCUUACCAGGAAUGGGAUGAGGAUGCUGACGUUGAUGAGUCAGAUGCCUCCGGUCACACUGAAGGCUCCCUCGCUAUCAGCACGGCUCAGAGGGAGAAACGGCUCCUAAACGGGAUCAUCCAGCACCUUCUUCCCACUGUGGGUUCUUCUGUCAAGUCCAUGAUUCUUGCCUAUAGUUCUACAGUUUCAAGCAAAAUGGUUCGUCAAAUUCUCAGCCUAUGCCCCAACAUCACUCAUCUGGACCUGACCCAGACUGAUGUUACUGAUUUUGCUUUUGACAGCUGGUCCUCUCUUGGAGCUUGCCGCUCUCUGGAGCACCUGGAUUUGUCGGGGUGCGAGAAGAUCACCGAUCACACCCUGAAGAGACUGUCUGUGGGUCUGGGCGACCCCACGUCCUCUGUCAGUUCGGACAAACACUCAGAGCGACGAGCCAAGCUGCUCAAAAGCUGCCCUGUGCCCAUUACACUAGUGGAGGAGAGAAACCUGCACGUGGUUGGGCGAAGGCAGCAGGCCAUCAUUUUCAAACACGCCACCGGUCGCUGGGGCGCUGCCUGCAUCCCAACUCACGUCUGGGUCCUGGACACUUCCAACCUCGCUGACAUCGAAGACGCCGCAGAGUGGAGUCAUCGCGGCGGGAUGCCGUUCUCCGAAAGCUUGGCGGAGACGACGCAGCUCGUGGGAGGCUCGUGCUGCUGCAAGAGGAGGAGGAAGCACAGGACCCGCUCGGAUUCAUCCUAUCUGCAUCAGCAAUACGCCAUAUCUGGGGAAAUGUUUUGCGGUCACUCCACCUGCUGCUCAAGCGAGAAGGCCCUCAGGACUUUUACUGGGCCCCAAAGCGAGUCGGGCACCACCAGAACCAGCACUGCAGAAUUGCGGACUAAAUGCUCCCCAUUAGGGCAGCAGCAGUGUCUGGAGCCCGAGAACAGGACUAACUGCUCAAAGGCAAAACGAUCACUCAAGUUUCUCAGCCUCUCUGGAUGCUACCAGAUCACUGACCUGGGCUUAAGGGCGUUAUCUCAGCGUGGAGGGCUUCCUGUCCUGGAGCAUCUCAACUUGUCUGGCUGCCUCUUCAUCACUGAGGUGGGGCUGCAGGAGCUGGUGUCAGCCUGUCCUUCCCUCAAUGAUGAACACUUCUAUUACUGCGACAACAUUAAUGGUCCUCAUGCAGACACAGCCAGCGGUUGCCAGAACCUGCAGUGUGGUUUCCGAGCCUGCUGUCGCUCCGGAGAGUGAUUCCCGUCUACCAACGCUCCCCUAAAAAUGUCACUUCUCCCUAUUGUUGCACUUUAUCCUGGGAAAUACCAUUUGCUGUAUUUUGUCACUUAAAAAGUGUUUCUUGAUGAAACUGUAAUUUUUGCUCCUGCUGUUUCCCUACUUAUUUAGUGGAGAUAACCAUUUAGAAAGAAGAAAUAAAUAACGGGGUGAAAGAGUACUUGUUGGUUCCUUUGGCUUUGAAAAAGUGAGACAGAAAAUUUUUACACAAUUGUUUUUUUUUUGUAGAUAAAAGCUGACUGUUCCCUAAUGUUUGUGCAUACAACUUCUAACAACCACCAUCCUUUCAUCCCUUUGCAGUUGAUGCUGGUGCAGAACAUGUUUACGUUACUUAGGGCCUGAGUUCUGAUAUUUUCCAGAAUCAGGCACCUUCUGAAUAGAUCUACAGGAUAAACACAAAAAGUAUGAUUUUGGAUCCAGGCAGCAAAGACAUAGGAACAGGCACAUGAUGUUGCCAUACGUUUUGGUUUUGAUCUUUACCAUUCUGCCCUUUCAGCUCUCCCUUAAAGGCUUUUGUUCUUUCCCCCCUUUUCUUUAUCCACUCCAGUGGAUAAAAAAGAACAAAUGUUAAUAUGAGAUGAUCACCGCCAUGUUGGAGGGCUCUGUUGUGUACAUAACUGCUUUAUCAUUCUGCAGCAGGAUUUACUUUCUGGUUCUACAGUCUUGCAUGAGAUCUGUUGAAAUUGUAAACUGGUAAUAAAACUUUAGGCACUGCA